CGCGCUCUCGUGUCGGCGUGAACGCGUCUUGUUCCAUGGCAACGAAACGGGAAUCUGUGUAGUACCGGAAGUGGAGGGAAAUUCGAAAGAAAAAAAAACCGUUAUGAAUUUGAAACAAAUACUCACUUUAUGUGUUUUAGGGUGUUGGGAUAAUUGUAGGAUUGUGUCAGAGAUGGAAAUUGAUCCGUUAUUGAUUAAGUAAUAAAGGUUUUUGUCUGUUUAAACGCCUGGCUGCUAUCACAGGAUUCCAUCUCAGGUCGCUAGCUAGUUUGCUAACAAACAUGGCUUGGUAUUUUUUCGAUGGAGUAUUUACUGUUUUUUUUAUUUUUAGAGUAAUUUAAAUGUUUGUUUUUGCUACCUACAUGUUUAUUAUUUUGUUAUUGCGCGGCUAGACAAGAAUUUCUGACCGUUAUCUAGGAAUUCUCUAGGUGUUUAGCGAGCUAGCUCCAAUAUGUCCUCAUUUCAAACAUGAAGUGCAGGGAUUCAGGAGCAUCUGAAGUCUCUCUCAGAUUAGACACCAAACAUGGAGGUAAAGUUCGAGGUGCUGCUGUCGUCCUGCAUCAAGAGAAGAAAACCAUGGCCGAGAUUUUGCUGGCUGGGAAAGGAGAAAGAAAGUGUCUUUCUUUUGGAUGACAAUCGGAUCAGUGAAAUCAAUUUACGCUCAGGCCAGACCAAGAAGAAGAUCCCAAAACUGCAACAAUUGCUACCAAGAGUGCUGACAAUGUCCAGCUCUCAAAACGGUAUGUGGCUGGCUGGGCUAUUAGUCUCCGGAGAGGUGUUUCUGUGGGACCGAGACAAAGAUUCCUUAAAGAUGGUCACAUCAGUGCCUGCGGUGUAUGAGCUGGCCUCUGCUGGUAAAGAAACCUCCCGGCGCCUGUCUCUACUGGUGUCAGGGGACGGAUGGAGGAUUCUCGUGGCCUCUUUCACAGGACAGAUUUUCCUCUGGGAAUGCCUGGUGCCUCAAGAUCUAAACAGCUUUCGGGACAACACCGUCAAGGGACGCUGGAGUCAGAUAGCACCCUCAGAAAAUUCACGGCUUCCCUCCGCUAAAGAUAAGGAAGCGUGUCUUCACUGCGUGUUUGUCCAGAGUCAGGCUGUAGGUGAUGUGUGCCUGAGUGCUUUUGUCUUCACCACUGGAGAGCAGCUGAUUGUCACCUUCCUGAAGAUUCAGUGGGAGGAGACCUGGAAAAACAGUUUGAAAGAAUACAGCGUCGAUUGGGUCACUAAGUCCUACCCUCUCAGCCAUCUCCUGCCUCCAUGUCGGCCUGUGAAGUCAAGAGGAGCGUUAGUACCGGCGUUCUCACCUGAUGGACAACUGUUAGCAAUAAUCCUUAACCAGAAAGAUCCAAGGGCUACUCAGGCAUUAUUCAUAAGCGUGCAGAACUUUGUGACUGUAUCCAGCUCACUGGGAGGAUGUGGCAGUAAAAAGCUGUCAAUCCCACCCAAAUAUGUGAGGUCGUACUGGGUGAGCUGUGUGAGCUGGACGCCAGAAGGUCUCUAUCUGGCCUGUAUUCUGAAGAGAGGCUCUGUCCUGAUGCUGGCCCGCUUAGGAGGCCUGGUUUCUCUCUCCACAAGUGGGUGCGACAUUGAGUUUGGCCCUGCGCACUUCCUGCCUCUUCAUCCGUUAGUCACUUACAGACCUCCAGUGCCUUCACAGCCACCAGAAGAUGCCUUGUCCAGCUCCAGCGUGUCUCUGCGUGACCCAAUGAGACAGCGUUACUCUGUGACCUGGCACCCGAGGCUGCCUUGUCUCAUUGUGUCCGACGGCUACAUGGUGACGGUGCUGAACAUGUCCAGCCGACCUGCCUCUUCCUCGCUGAUGAGCAGCUUCCUGAUGGAGACGGCUCAGGCGCUGGAGAGAGUGCGCAAGAUCGUCCACUCAGAGCUGCCCCAGGUGAAGUCCAGACUGGAGUCCAUGUCCACUCUGAAGUUCACAGCCAGUCUGUUGGCACUGAAAGAAAGAGAGACGCCUGAAUCGACACUGCCUCUAUUUUUACGAGCCGGAGGAGGCACAGGAACCUCGAGGCUGAUGACAGAGAGGAUUGAGGAUGAUGAUGAUGACUCAGACGAAGGUCAUUAUGCUGCCUCGGUUAUGGAGGAUGGGGGCAGGCUAGAAUUCGCCUCAAUGUUUGACACGCUUCAUGCCCAGUCCCAGGCAGAGUCGGAAGAUUCAGCCCGAGAUUCCUCAGCUCUCGUGGAGGAACUGACCAGGGCACAGCGGAGUUUGCUAACCACGUGGGCUCUUGGUGUUUCGCUUGGUGGUACUAUGGAUCAGAGAGAGCGCAUGCUGAAAUACACCGUCUCCUGUGCUGUUCGUUUGGCUCGCCUUCUCUGGAUUGCUGAUCCAUUGAUACAACCUUACAAACAAGAUAGUGUGUUGGAAUUUCUCAGGUCUCUGCUCUCCUUUCUGCCCUGGGAUUCCUCCCACAAAGGUGGCACCAACUGCUUAGGGAUCGUUUUGGAUCUCGCUCGACGUUUUGUUAAUCUUUUUCUCCCUUCAUCCUUGCACGCUGUUUGUUCCUCUCAGAACUUCAUGGCAGCACUUUUUGUUCUCCGGGAAGCAUCUAAGAUUGUGGACCAGACCUACAGUCUACCUCAGAAAGCAUUGUGGCAAACAAAGGACGAUCCUUGUCCCUCAGACGUCUUCUCCAUCCCACUGUUACAGGAUCACGAGGAUGCUGAAGCUGUGAGCUCUCAGAUAUCUGUGCUAAACCGACCUUCAAAUAGAUUGGUGGCAAUAUGGCGAGACGUUUACAGACAAGCCUUGCAGUACCAAGACGAGUUACAAAGUGAUAGAAGUUUAGCGAGUCGAAAUAGGGAACUGGAGAACAUGUCGGAGGUCAUUUCUCAAAUCCAAGUAUCAUUACAGAGAGCCGGAGACCAUCUGGAGGAAAGUCCUGCCCUGUACAACAUAACAGGAGAGGAGCACUUCAUUUCUGGUGAGUACAGUGAGUGCGUCCAGGUUUGGCGAGACAAGCUGUGGGAAGAGAGAGCGAGAGCUGGGCCGAGGACAGUCUUCCUGGAGACGCGCUACUGUCUGGCUCUUCUGUUUGGCCAGCUGUUUCAGUAUAGGCUGAGGGAGGCCCAGGCCUUGUGUGACACCAUGGCCAAGCAGCUACUGACUUUAGAAGAUACUGCAGUUAUCCCCGUAGACGAGGCUCAGUUUGAUUUGUGGCUCCCGCAGCGGGUGAACAGUGAGGCUGCCUGUGCUGUGGUCCAGUCUCUCGGCAGGUUCAUGGCGUCCUACUUCACCAACCAGCCGCUAGCCAUCUUCCCGCCUCACAACGUAGACGUCCUGCCUCCUCUACAUCUGCCACAGUCGACAGAGCGACGCACGGUGGCUCUCUGUCAGCGGCAGGUGGCGGCCGCUGUGAGGUCGCAGCACCUCUCGGGCGUAUGGACGGUGGAGUAUGCUCUGGAGCUCCUCCUGCUGGGCGGGCUGAUUCCUGAGGCAUCAUGGUUGGCUCAGAGUUUGGGUGAUUGGAAGAUGGCUGCCUCUCUUAGUCUGGCUUAUACCACCUACUGCAGACUGCACUAUGAUUUCAGCAGGUUGAAAUGGAGAGAGUUGCACCUUCCUGCAGAGCUGCAGCCUGGCUUUAUCUUUCAGACUCAGCUGGAGUCAUUAUUGCACUGCAAACUUUCAUCUGACACACAGGACAAGACCUUCAAAAACCUCCCAGAUAUUGUGGAGGUCGAGGACAUGGAGCUGCUCCACGUGUCUGCACAGGAGAUCCUGAAGGCUUCAGUCAUGGCGGAGGUGGAUGUUGUGUCACGGCCUCUCACCAAGCUGCUGGAAUCAGCCAAGGAGCAUGCCUCUUCAUUCACUGCUCUGGUUCCUCCUGUGCUCUACCUCCCCGCACCUCCUUUGUACUGUCCACAACCUGCUCCUAACACACAGGACUCAGUUGUUGACAUCUUGUUGGCGUUGGAGAGGGAAUCACGUUGCCGUGUAGCUGCAGUGUUACAGCGAGUGCUGCUGCUGUUCAGAGCCGCUCACUGCUCCCGACCGGCUGUGCAGUGGUACAUCAGUGGCCUGCGUCGAUGCCGUAAACUCUUUCGCAAGAUCAGGAAGGUAAACAUGCAACCUAAAGAUGACCUUCCAGAAGGGUUGAAGAAGUUCACUAAUCGCCAUGGGUUUUUCCGCUUGGAGUCCAAAGACUUGGACAGUGUCGUCAUACAAACAAUAGUGUGCUUUAGGGAAUUAUGUGGGCUGUGCUGGAUGCUGCAUGUUCGUGACCAGCUCACAGUCUCCUGUAGAAGGUACCAAGCUGCAAGGAACAAGACUAAAGACUCUGAGGUUCCAGAUAACAGCGUGUGCGAAUUGCGUGAGGAGGUCCUGCGCUGGGCUUGCCGCCUAAUGCCUUUCUCUCGCUUCCUUAAUGCAGAAGAGACAUUACAGGACUUGGUGCUCAGUCUCGUGGCCGAACUGCCUGCUAUUCCAACGGUGGCAGAGACAUUUGUCACUGUGUUUCCCGACGAGGAGGAAUCCGUCCGGGUUCCUCUAAGAGAGAAGUACACCUCACUGCUGCAGAGGUUAAGAUCCAGCACUGUGCAGGCUUCUACUUCAACACAAGCCACACAGGCAAGUAGUAUGCAAGAGGAAGGAGUGACAAUGAUUCUGCUGAUUCAGGAGCAGCGGAGGCAGCGGGCUCAAGAAGGGCGCCGUCUGGCGAGGAGCAAGAUCCCAUUAGAGCGGCAUAUCUGGGAGAGGGAGGAAGAGGAGGAGAGGGCAGGAGCCGAUGCCAUAUCGGACCGGUUCUCACGGUGCACGAGCUUGAGUACUAGCACACUCACAGAUUCUGAGCGCCCUCCAGUGGGCAGUGAGGCUGACACUGCUGAUACAAUAUCAGAGCCUCAUUCACCAGAACUGCAGAAUAAGCCUCAUCACAGCUCCGUGUCACCCCAACCUCAGAACACAUUCAAAUCAAAAGAUGGAAGAAAAAGAGAUGGAGCACAGCAAGAACAUAAAAGUUUCACCUUACCCUCUGUGGGGACGUGGGUGUUUGAGCUUGAGGACCAGGAGUAUCCAUGCUUUUUAGAGCUUUUCCUAAGCUACGUGUUGGAGAGGGACAGCCUGGACAUGGAGGAAUCCGAGCUUCCUUUGCUGAGUAGCUUCUCUUCGUGUCUGCGCGAUCGAGAGCUUCACUCUGACGCGUUUGACGUACUGACGGCGCUCAAAAGACGGCAGGCUGGCCGGAAAAAGGGUGUGCGGCUUCCUGUGUUCCGUGCUGGCAGCUGCUUUCACAUGCUUCCUGAGACUCCUGAGCCGCUGCCCUCUAUCGGUCCUCCUCCAUCUGUCCUCAGUGAAACUCACACAGCUCGAACCAGCACAGGUGCUCUGCCUCUUCCUGGGAAACAGCCAGGUUUGUUUAGCCUUCGACGACAGAAUGAGACGUCGCUCAGACAGAAUGUAAUAACCGCAGAAUCCAGUCAUAUUCGAAAUGUAAUGCCAGGGAUCCCUCAAAUGGAGCGCUGGCCCUUUAAGACGAUCUCCUGCCCUGAUGUGGACCUACAGCUGGAGCUGGACUCCAAAUUGGAGGCCCAGUUUCCUCAGCUGGCCAGGCUGCUGGAAUGGAUGCUGCGCUGGGCAGACAGAAGUGUCCUGCUCACACAUUCCAGCAGGAAGAAGACAGAGAGUGCCGUAGAGCCAGUAGUGAUAAGGGCUAAAGCCUCAGCUCCUGCAGUGCUCUCCGCUCUGAGGCUGCUGGAGCAGAGAUACACCAAAGCCCUCCUGAGGACUGACAAGCACUUUACUCAGAUAAAGGUUCCAGAGAGUGAAGCUCCAGCCACUGUGGCUCCAGUCCUGCCAGCUGAGUUCGGCUGGAAGCGUGAGAGAGAGAGCAGCGUGGACACUGGCUAUCCUUCCGCCUCAGGGGGGACUCCCAUCACCCUGCCUGAUCUGGACCCCCAGCAUGGGCACACUUCUGAGGCGUGUGAGGUUGAGGAGCUUCAGGAUGAGCGGAGUCUUUCUCACUUGUAUGGGCACGAGGACAUGAUCUCUGACCUGGAGAUAAAAGAACGAAGUUUUAGAAGAGUGAAUGAACCACUCCCAAUGGCUGAAUUGGACGGUGACAGUAGUGAUGUGGAGAUCCUGGAAGAGUCUUCAGUUGGGCCAAAUAUUUCAGUACAGAUCAGGACGAAGAGCAAAACACGUAGACCCAGAGACCAGCCUUUAACACUGGCGGAUUUAGAAUACUCCAAGACAUCCGAUGACUCCUGUGAAUCUCACUCAGAAGAUGUUGGCACCUUGGAUAUUGAACCUGCAGAACCAAGAAAGGAACCAGAAAAUAGUCCUGUACGUGAGGCUCCUGAACCUGAGCCUGUUCAGCAGAGAAAGCAGCAGCUUGCCUCCACGUCAAAACCUCCAGCUGAAUUGGGGAGUGUAAGCCAUCCUCAAAGUGUCCAGAAUGGAGAGAACAUUCACCAUGACCCAGUCAGACAGCUGCUCCAGGAUGAGCUUUUCCGAUUAGUACAAUUGCAGCAAAUCAACUUCAUGAGUCUUAUGCAAGUGGUGGGAGCCUCCUUCUCCAACCUGCCCCUCUCCCAGGCAAACUCACUGCUUUCACAGCUCAGUGUUCUAGCAUCGCAACCUGCACAACCACAAACUCAACCCACUGUGGCUCAGUCCUCAGAUCCUCCUCCCCGUGACACCCGAAACACAAGAUUAGAGAAUAAGCCAGACACAACAGAGAUGCUACAGAGCAGGGAACCCAGAGCUGCUGAUCAGAAGUGGGUGGAAAUAGAUUCUGGACUGAAUACCCGUGAAGAAAGGAGUAGACUCAACCCACAGGAACUCCAACAGCUGACCAUUCAUCCUGAUUGGUCACAGAAUAGCCAGGAAGAAAGAAGUCAUUUUAUUCCUCGCUCUCAAGGACUUCUUACCACAAUGGACAAUCAAGCCCCGCUGCAGGCAACCCAGCAGGAUCGUCCCAUUGAAAAGACUGUUCCAAUUAUACAGGGGCUCAAACUUCUCCACUUGCCCCCUCCUCAAUCUCCUCCUGCCCCUGUGAGAGAGGCCUGGGGUCCAAAUCAGCACAAGCCUAGCAUGUACAGGAGACCUGAGAGCUAUAAGAGGCAUGCUGAACCAACAGCACAACCCCCACGACGAAAUCUGAAUCAGUACAGCACACAAACUCAAGCUUACACUUCAUCAAACAGAGGAAGAGAGAGAGAAGUCGUCCAUCUGCCUCCUGCUCCCAACAUGAUAAUGUCAGAUAUGGGGCUCCCGCUGCUGUGUUUACCCCCUGAUACCCAGGUUCGACCCAUCCAGCUGCCCCGGAUCCCUCUGUCUGCCCCCAUGAGGGUGCACACAGCAGGAACCGUAGUCAAGGGCAGCUUUCCCAAACCACAGUUACUGCGUGUUGAGCCUGAGCCAUCUCGUUCUGGUUUGAGAUACAGCGCACCUCCUCGGCCCACUCCUCGCCUAAUCCCCCUGGAGGAGCUGAUGGCCUGGGCAGCAGAAAGAAAGCAGGAAGUGAACUCUAAACUCCAACUCCUCAAGGCAGACACAAGGACGCAGAGCAAACUCACAGCCACGCUGUCCAGCAAGAGGCUUAAAAGGAGAGAAGAUAAAAAGAAAGGGGAAAAGGUUGUGUCCUUCAGACCAGAUGAUUCUAUAAUCCCUCCAUCUCAGGAGCCUGAAGAAGACAAAUCUACUCCAGAUGAUGGCUACGCCAUUCCUUUAGGUUCCUUCGAGUCAAUGUUGACUGGUCAGAGGCUGCUGGCUGAAGCUCACGCCACAUCAGCAGAGCUUCAUGCUUUUGCAGCCACGCACAAACGACCUCCUGAAAUCCAGGACGCUUGCACCAACACAGACCCUCCCCCACCUCACUGCACCACUGAUAAAGCCGUUUCAGCCCAGCUUCCUGUGUCUCCUGGUUCUCCAUCCCGUGCUGGACAUGUGGACAUUAAUGUUGCUCCAGCUGUUCCACCAGAGGUGUUCCUGAACCUUUGCUCCUCUGAGAAAAUGGUUCCAGAGCAGCCAGAGAGCUCAGGUCACACAAAGCCAAACACUCAUACGAGUGCUCAUGGCCAGGAGUUCAUCGGUGUGAUCGAGCUGGAGGAUGAAUCUUUAUUACAGGGCCUGCCCUCUUCCCAAACCUCUGUCCAGAGCCAAGCCUGUUCUCCACCAACAUCUGCUCAGCUUCACCUUCUAGCAGCUUCUGUGACCAACUCAACCCAGACCAGCACUGAGAUCAGAACAGAAGAGCACACUGAUGAAUCACCAGGUUAUUCAGUACCGUUCAGUCCUCCUGCACUUGUGCUCUCAGUGCCAGAGCACGCCGGAGAUCCAGUCACAGUAAAAGUGCUGACUGAAUUCGGGACUCAACAGGAGGCCACGCCAGCGGGCCGCUUGGUAGACCGUGCGUUUUCUCGCAGCCAGGUCUCGGCUCGUCUCUCUGAGAUGGACGCCCGACUGGCAGCUCUCCAGAGCAUCGCUGACCACAUGGACAGAGAAUUUGCUAACACCAGGCUGCUGGUAAAUACCAUAGACGCUCUAACACCUGUUGUGAUGGCCAGUGUGGACGAGGAGCCUUAUUCCCGCAUGCUGAAAGUUGCAAAGGAAGCAAAGAGACGCACAGCUCGAGUGAACAUGGAUGAGGAGGAAGAAGAGCAGGGUGAGGGACGGUUUUUGUCUUCCACACCGAAUGGUGUUGUUCCUCCAGGUCAGAGGGGGCGCUCGGUCCACCAAGGCCAUGUUACUCCUGCAGUGAAAUCGGAGCAGCCUCUCGGGGAUGUGAGCCAAGAAUUGACUGAAUCACUGAUGGAGAAUUCAGGCCUGCUAGAUGAAAACAUUUUGGGUCUGACAGGACUGAGUGAUGUUGCGGACAUCUUGGGAGAUUUGGUGAAAGAAGGGGCGCUCUCACCCUCAGCACUACAUCACUCUCCCUCAGUGACCAGGACCAGAAGCAAGCCAGAGGAGCAGCAGGGGAGAGCCAUGAUGGAGGAGGAGAGGAAGGAGCUGAGGACCUGGAUGAGGAGGAAGCAGCGAGAGAGACUGGUCGAGUACCACAAACAGAGGGAGGAGAAGAGAGAGAGGGAGCGCGUUCCCUUCACUCCUCCUAAUCCACUGAAUUUGUCCUCUAGAGACCUGGCAAUCAACAGGAAAGUUAAAGAGGAGAGAGACAGGGCAUUACUUCUGGAGCAUCACUCCCAGAGAGCACAUGAGGCCUGCAGACUUAUCACAGACAUGCUUACUACCCCACUCGUCCUCCCUGCUCCUUCCAGCAGCACCACCAAAGCCAAGGCCCAAGACUCCCGGCCUGGGAGUCGGACCCAGUUUAAAGGGUCACUUAGGAAAAGCCCGAAGAGCCAAAGGGGACGAGCGCGCUCUGUUUCAACACUCGGGAAGACUGUGGUGCUGCAGAAGAGAGGUGCAUCAGCUCCACCUGGGACCCUGAGCAGCAAAUUUGGACUCCAUAGACCUGUGAACGCACUUCCUGGUGACCGGCUGUCCCAGGUCACACGGCGAGGCAUGCUGACAGACCUGAGAGGUAGACCGAGGGUGAAGACAACCGUCCAGCGCCCCAAAACUGGAUUAAAUAAAUCCCCAGUUGAGCUGAAGACUGUAAGACAGCGAGAGGCGUCACGGUUAGAGGACAAGGAGGAACGGGACGUGAUGAGUCCGUGGGACGUUCCUCUCGAGAUCCGCAGAAUUCUUGGGCUUGACAGCAGAGCCAAGGAACAGGGCUUGGUGGAGAACGAUGACGACUGGCUGGACGCACUUUCAGAAAGCACAGGCAGCAUUUUAAGUAAGAUGGACUGGGCGGCCAUUGAGAGGAUAGCGGCUGAAGAAGGAGACGUCUGACUCGAUGAGAAUUAAAGCUAAAAAGCUUAAAAAGUUGAAAAGCAUUAACAUGUGUGCUUUGAUGAGUUUACAGCUGCUACAUGCCCCAUUAGCAUUGAUCGUUGUGUGUUGUUUUUUGCUUGUAUAUAUUAUAUGAGGGACCGUGUGUACAGGGUAAACACACUUGUAGCAUUUUAAUAAUUUAUCAGGUACCUCAUCAAAUGAUGGAUAUUUUGAAUAUAAUAUUCUAAGGUACACGUGAAGGUGAAAUAGACUGAUGUACUUGAUGUACUUUUUAUAUAGAACAUAUUUUUAUUUAUGUUUUAUUUCUCCCACAUUCAGCAUUAUCUGGUUUUUAAAACAAUAUGGUACAUAAAUAAUAAUGAAGUCCAACAGAAAAGAUGCAGAAUGAGCUGGGGAUGUGGUAUAAAGUUUUGUUUUAAAUUGUUUGAUGUGGUUUGCACUGAGUAUAUUUAAUAAAAGUUUAUUUUCACAUUA